CUACGAUUCCUUGGCUUCGCAGCAGGGAUGCUACGGACCAGUGGGAGAAAUAUAGCUUCACGCUGAUUUACCGGAUCAGAGUCUAUCUACUUCAUACACACACCAAAUUCACUCAACGCCUCUGAAUACCAAAAUGGCGGCAAAAGACAGUAAUGUCGAUGUCCUCAUCAUCGGCGCUGGCCCUGCCGGUCUAAUGAUGGCAACUUGGAUGGCCAAGUGUGGCAUAAAUGCCCGCAUUGUCGACAAGCGUGGCACCAAAAUCUUCAACGGUCAGGCAGAUGGAUUACAGUGUCGCACUCUUGAGAUCUUUGACUCGCUAGGCUUUGGACACCGAGCCUGGAUCGAAUCAAAUCAUAUGCUUGAGAUUUGUCUUUGGAAUCCAGACGAGAACGGUGUGAUACGGCGCAGCGACCGUAUCCCAGAUACUAUCCCUGGUAUCAGUCGCUUCCAGCAAGUUGUUCUGCACCAGGGCCGCAUCGAGAGAUUCUUCCUCGAUACCAUGGAAGAAUGUCACGGUCUUCAGGUUGAACGUGGUGUCAUGCCUACAGACUUGUCUGUUGAUGAAUCCGCUGUGGAAGACUAUGAUGCAUACCCCAUCACCGUUAAACUGCGUCAUUUGUCGGAGGAAGAAGCGACUCCUAAGCAGAAUGCCACCUCUGCCAACGGUCAGGCAGUCCAAGAUGGCAUUUUCCGCAGCAAUCUGACCAAGGACGAUACCGACGAGCUGAUUGCAGCCGCAAAGCUAAACGACAAAGCAAAUACGGAGGAGAUUGUGCAUGCAAAGUACGUUCUUGGAGCAGAUGGCGCGCACUCGUGGACCCGUCGUCAGAUUGGCUUGACGCUAGAGGGCGACUCUACCGACUACAUCUGGGGUGUGUUGGAUAUUGUACCCAUCACGGACUUUCCUGAUAUUCGCAUGCGCUGUGCCAUUCACUCCGCCGAUUCGGGUAGUGUCAUGGUCAUUCCGCGUGAGAAUAAGCUGGUGCGUUUGUAUAUUCAGCUUACAACCACAGAGAAAAUUGGCGAGGAGGCUACCAAGGCAGACCGGUCCAAGAUCAAUCCACAGGUCAUUCUCGAGUCUGCACAGCGCAUCAUGGCGCCUUAUAAGAUUGACUAUCGCAAGUUGGACUGGUGGACCGCAUAUCAGAUUGGUCAGCGCGUUGGUACAAAGUUUUCUGUCCAUGAACGCGUCUUUCUGGCGGGUGAUGCUGUUCACACUCACAGCCCCAAAGCUGGUCAGGGUAUGAAUGUUAGUAUGCAAGAUGCGUUCAAUCUUGGAUGGAAGGUUGCUAGCGUUGUCAAAGGACAGGCUGACAGAUCCAUUCUCAAGACUUAUCAGUCUGAGAGACGACGUAUCGCCCAAGAUCUCAUCGACUUUGACCGCAAGUUCUCGCGCUUGUUCUCAGGUCGCCCCGCCAAGGAUGUUAUGGAUGCUGAAGGUAUCAGUAUGGACGAAUUUAAGAAUGCUUUUGAAAAGGGUAACAUGUUUGCUAGCGGUAUUGCUGUUGAUUAUGGUGCUAGCACUAUCGUUGCCAAAGCUGGAGAGUCGGCUGACCAAGGUGACGGAACAGAUGUUUCUGUCGCAGAUGCUAAAAAUCGCGUUGUAUCCGACCAAAAUCUGUCCAAGUCUAUUGCGGUUGGAAAACGAAUCCCCAGCGUCAAAAUUCUGAAUCAGUCAGACGCGAGACCGUGGCAUCUUCAGGAGCGUCUUCCUAGCAACGGCCGUUGGAGGGUGAUUGUGUUCCCUGGAGACAUCACUGAUGCUACCCAAGCCGCUAAACUCAAGGCCGUCGGAGAAGCAUUACAUGGCGAGUCAUCGUUCUUGCGCCAGUAUACACCUGAAGGAGGUCGUUAUGAUGAUGUCUUUGAGGUUCUGGCUGUGCACAAGGCUCCCCGACACAGCGUCACCAUCUUUGACUUUCCUGAAGUGUUUAGGGAAUACGAUGAGACUGAUGGCUGGGAUUACAACAAGAUCUUUGUCGACGAUGUGUCUUAUCACGAGGGCCAUGGCAACAUUUACGAAGAAUUUGGCAUCGCACCCACAGGGUGUAUUGUUAUAGCCCGUCCGGAUCAGUACGUUUCCUACAUUGGAUCACUGGAUGACCCAGCAGCCGUCACGAAAUUCUUUAGCGGCUUUAUGAGGAAGUCUAAGGCACAGGUGAAUGGCAAGAUGUAGAAGGGCAAAGGAAGGCUAGUUUAUGUGCGUAUUUGACGGCGCUUGCUUUUUUUCUGUGUGUUCAGUAUGUUCUGACAAUUUAGGAAUAUUUCUUAAAGUACGAUUUACUCCUAGGUUCUACUAUAUAGUAUACCAAUUCUUCAAAUAAAACGACACAUACAUAUUGCG